CGCUCCCAACAAGCGCCACUUCCAAUGAGAGUCUGAGUUUCGCGUUUCGCUUUAAUUGAUCGCGAUACGAUCGGCAUGAGGAGGAUGCUACAGACACGACUCAUGAUGCGUUCAGGGUCACUCAUCCGCACAGACAACUGACAUUAGCCUCAUUUUAAAACUUUUCCACGCUGAAACAGUUUUCAGUAUUUGUUUUGACUAAAUACAUGGAGAGAAAUACAUAGUGUUUCGGACGUCUGAGAAGAUCUACCUCUACCCCGGACAGUGCAUCUCUUCUUCCCUGCCAUGUGUGUGCUGCUGCCGGCGUGGCUGUGGCUGCUGCUCGGCCUCCUGCCUCUGGAGAUCCAGUCCCGUGCCCUGACUCUGCACAGCUUUGCCCACAGGUAACACUUCUUAACAGCCCAAGUGUUGUUUGAGUCCAAUGAUAAGUAUUUUGAAGCUACUCUGUACAAGAAAAUGGGGGAAAACGUUGUUUUAGUGUCAUUGAAUGUGUCAUUUCUUUAUCUUGUGCGGGAUGUCCAUUUGUUUUUGCAGCAGCACCAAAUUCAUCAGUUAAAUGAUUGGGGCCUUAAGCUCACCAAUUAAGAGCUGACUAAAAAAUCGCAUUGAAAAUAAUAAUAUUAAACUGUUGACCAUUAAGGGGCUUACUUAAAUACAUAUGUAGUUUUCUUGAUGUCACCCUUGUAAGGCUGCCCUUGUGUAAGGUUCAUCAGAUGAACCUGAACGUGUUAAAAAACAAAGUUAUCAUACUCAAUGCUGAUGAUGAUAAUGCUGCUUUGAUUUGUUUUAUGUUAUCUUAUUGGUAUCAACAUGAUUUGAGAGGUUUGCAGCAAGAUAUUAAAUAAUAAAAUAAAUAAAUAAAUAAUAAAUCCUUGACCAUACCUCAUUAAAGAUACUAACACGUGUUACUUUCAGGUCUAACAGUGGUAAUUUGCCGCUGUUUGGUGACAUUACAACUCUUUGUCUUAACUUGUGGCAGUCAUGAAUGUGAAAAUGUGAGAAAAAAAAAGGUCCAACAGCAGGGUAAGGUAAUUCCUCUCAGCAGCAGGAGGUGAAACAGAGAUGAGGGUGAUUUAGGAUGAGGAGACAUACCAAGGGGCUGAGCACAAAACAGGGCAAACUCAUGGGUGGGUGGAUCAACCGCUUCACUCUCUUCAGACUGUGAUCUACGGGUGCUGUAAAAUUAAAGCAUCUUGUGAGUGACUUCUGCAGACGGUCACAUGCAAAGCCCUGCAGCAUGAGUUCAUUAUCCAGGAGCGUCUGUGGUCCAUCAUGACAUCCUGCUGUAUAACUAUGUGUGUGUAAAAGAGAAGUAGUUCUUGACCUUUUAUGCCAAUAAUUUCUUCUCCUUUAAACAUGUUUCUAGUAGUUACAGCUUGCUCAUGCAGUGAAGCCCAAAUGAUAAUAACAGGGUUUGAUUAGUUUCUAUUACUAAGUUCACCUUUAAAUAUCACUAUUGUUGCUUUAAGUUUUUCAUAUAAAAGAAAGAAGCUCAUAAAGGAAGAAAGGAAAAUCCCGUCCUGAUUGGAGAGAGAUCUAGGUAACACACUGGGAUCUCAGUGUGACUUAACACUGACAAAUAACACUGCCACUGAUACUUAACAAUCAUGCCUCCGAAGAAAUUAAAGAAGAUGGAAAGAAAGUUGCAGGAUGCUGUAGUAAUUUAAAGUGGAUCAAAAAAAGGAGACGAAAAUAAUAGAUAGGCCCUGCAACAAUUCCUGUGUGUGUGUGUGUGUGUGUGUGUGUGUGUUGCGGUCUCUUUGUGAAAAACCCCAUGCUGCGCUGCAACUUGGAAGGAAUGUCAGAGAAGCUACUUUUGGUCUGAGACUCGCCACGGGCUCACAACCUGGACUAUCAAACACACAUAAAACACACAAAGUCAGACACAGUCAUACUCAGUAAGAGAGCUCCUAAUAUUUAGUGUGAUGCAUUCAGGGUCACAUGUGGAUGACUGGGAUUCUGCCCCUACUUGGCUGAUAUUUUUGCUUUUGAGUGACUAACACUUCAUUGUAUAUAUUCAAUGUUAUUCCGAAACAUUAGAAGUGCUUUGUAUGACUGUGACUAAAAUACACAAACAUAAACUUUUGGUUAGCACAGUAUGUUUGUGCUGAUAUUAGCACUUGGGUUAAUCAAAAAAAUAGAGUUCAGUGGCCCUACAAAUUCUUGUAUUUAGAGGCACCACAGCAACAAGUGCCAUUUCCCUUUGGGACAAAUGUGUUUUUAACCUCACUGCAGGUGGCCUUUUUACCGUGUGUGUGUAGGAGAAGUGUUGAAGUGGAAAUUGAAGGCCAAAAUACACACAUGGACGAAACCUGUUGAUGGAUAUGAAGGCAUGUUACCAGGUGGUCAUAUGUCACAUUCACAAGUGCCAUUACCAAUUAAUUUUCAACGAAAACCAACAUUUUGUGUGUGUGUGUGUGUGUGUGUGUGUGUUUCACUGUGCCUGAGCAGCUUUUUUCCACAACCAGUCAAUAUAGCUCAAAGCUAAUUAAACACACCAGCUUCCUGAUUAAAACUCACAACGGGAGUGGUGAGUGAAUGUCUGAGUGUUAAUUUGUGUGAGUGUGCGUGUUGGCAAUGAGAGCCCAAGGUGUCCAGCCAGGAGAGUGAUCAGAAUACCAGUCAGGAUUACUUGCAGGAUCAAGAUCAUACGCUCUUCUGGCCCACUUUCACACCAAACAAACACCAAAUAUUAUCUCACUCCUUUAUUUCUCAUCUCAUGGGCAGACAUCGCUUGAGUGAAUAGAGAUCUGUAUUUGCACAUACCGUUAUUUAUGCUUUUGCAGGACAGCGAACAUCAGAAGAUUGAGGUACUUUGUUGCUGGAAAUUAAACAUCAGUAAACAGCAAACUAUUUUUACCUGAAAAAAACACAAAGGAAUGAGACUAAAUUAAAGUUGACUACUCUAAACUGUAUUUUAAUUGCUCCAAAAAAGUCAAUUUAAUAUGCCCAAAUGUCUAAAGUUUUAAAAGACAAUAGAAUAUAGUAAAGAUAAUAUGGUUAAGCUAUCAAGAUGUGAUCCCAAUGAGAGAAACAAAUGGAUAAACCAAUUGAAAAGGCUUAAUUCACUUAAGCUAAUUAAAGAUUGACCAGAGUUGUUUGUGGCCUGAUUACACAAGGUGAAAACACGAGGAGUGCUCUAUUUUCCCAGCUACUUGAAAUAAUUUAUACCUACUAUUACAUAAGUUUUGACACAUCAAAUGUCCAAACAAAAUGGCUGAGCAGGAAAACAAUUAAGAAAAAGAGGCGAUGGGUGAAAAAAAAAAAACAGUAUUGUAACAACGUGAGAAAAAAGUCAUUUUAGCAGCAGGGAGGUGAUAAAGAAUGUACUUACCAAACACUCAACAGGAGUGUUGGUGGAGGAGCCUCUCACCACCGUCAUUGUGCUCUUUGGUUGUCACUCUCCUGCUCUCUUCUCUCCCUGCGGUGAGAUUUGUCAGCUCAUAUACUGUUGUUAAUUAACUGGAAAUAUUAUUUUUUAGCUGCGUUGGUGAUGGAGUGGAUUAGACUAAAGGCUAGUUGCCUCAGCAGGUUAAAACUGCUUCAGUCUGGACAUUUGCAGGACGCAAAGUAACCUAGAGGGGUUGAUAGUGAGUGUUCUCUCGGUCCAAAAUUUUAAUCAUUGCCAAGGAAAAAUGAGAAGUCAACAACUCAUCACCUCUGUGUUCAACAGGUCCACGUGAAGAUGAGUAAGCAGUACUUGUUGCUCACAGAGGGUCUCUUGUUUGCUGCUUUAACUGGAAUCAUGUAAAAGGACAAGCUGUUUAGUGUAUUUUUAUCCACAGAGCAGCAACAUGUAGACGUGGUGACAGUUUUAAUCCUAAAAUGAGACUCAGGAUAGUUUAGCAUAAAGCUUGGCAGGAGCUUGAACUCUUGGUUUGAAGGGUUUCUUGUCAAACCAGGCCAGGAUUUUGGGCCCUUUAGGAUUUAGUCUGACAUUUUUAGAUGAGAUGGUUCUGCUGGGUUCAUCAAAACUCUGCUGCAUUGCUCCUGAAGGUAGCAGGUGACAGGUAAUAACAACAGCUGAAUAUACUGUAUAGAAGUGGUUCUCAACUGGUCUCACAUUGGGACCCACAUUUUCCUAUGGUCCCUAAGUCGUGAUCCAUUUUUAUAGAAUUCAAACCAGGCAAACUUAUUUUUUAUGAAAAAAAAACCUUUAAAGACUUUUAUUUUAUUGAGUAAAGUGCAUUUCAGAGCACAUGAACUGAGGAAAACUACUAAAGUUGCAUAUACAGAGAAUAUCAAAUAUCAAAUUGCACAAAAUGGAGACCAGCAAAGUGGGAAAUUUGACUUAUUUGCAUCUCUGCAUUCAGAGCAUAUUCAGAAGAACCUGCAGAGGACCGUGCAACAGCAUGGACAAAAAUGAAUAAAUAUGCACAAAAUAAAACAUGUAUUUUACAGCAUUCAGACCACAUAUAUAAGAAACCAAGGAGGACCAGCACAUAAUGCGUACCUUUCAAAAUAAGCUAUUUUUCAAAAUAAAAGAAAUGUCAAACAUCAGAUGUGGAUUAAAUAUUUACUUUUUUGACCAGCUGUUCACGACCCAUCCAAAGUGGGCUUUAACCAAGUGGACAGUUGACUUAAAAACAAAUAUACCUAGCACUGUUACACUCAACACAGCAGUCCCAAACUGCACCAAACAAGCCUCCUCAACUAAAGGGAUUCACUGGUUGUUGUACUUCAGCGUCCAUCUAUGUGUCCUUCUAUCUUUUCUGCCAAGUCUCUCUUUAAUUUUCUCCCCCUGCUCUGCACCUUGAAAGAUGACCCUGGGAUCAAAUACAGUGGGCAUUCCUGCAGUCCAGGCCUGACUUCCUGUGAGGCAUUUCAUCUUCUCCUAGUUAUUAAGUUUCAGUCAGACGGCCAAGCAGGGGAUCUGCACAUGACUACUCAACAAUUUAUUAUGUUUUUUCAUUUUAAUUUAUUUUGUUUUCUCUGUCCUUCUGUGUGUCUUUAUCCCAGGUUGACUUUAUCCAGAACAUCCAAACACCAUAAGUUGUCUUUCACUGCCACCAUGCCUGCUGCGUCAGAUCUUCCUACUAACUUUGACGACCUCCUCACCCAAGGAAACAGAUACACAAUCUGGAGGUCUCUGUCGCACAAAGAGUCCCUGUCAAAGUUGUCCAAACCAUCACCUGAUGAAAGCGGUGUUGUUCUACAAGAAGCACCAGUCAGUCAACGUGGGUCACGGAGUCGCCGUCAUGCCAACAGUGGUGGCACAAGGGGCCAUGGCCACCUAAUGAGGGUGGGAUGUGUACUGGGCACCUGCCAGGUUCAAAACCUCAGCCAUCGUCUGUACCAGCUGAUCGGACAGAGUGGGAGGGAGGACUCCUCCCCCAUUAACCCUCGCAGUCCUCACAGCUAUGGCUAAGAUCGUAACCCUGAGACAGUUUGAAGUGAGCACAAUGCUCUCGCUGAUUAACAUGGACAUGAUGCAGUUUGAAGACUGAAACAGGUCUAAGAUUUCUACUGGAUUGAUGUGUCAUGUAUGAAGUAUUAUGUUUAUUUUCUAAUAACAGUUUGAUUUACUGUAAGACUAACUGGAUUGCAUUCAAAGACAACCCUUUUUCAAGUGAAGAAGUGCAACCAGAAGAAGUCAACAUGGGUGGCAUGCAUACUAAGUGCAGGAUUUUCACACCAGAUCUCAGGUUGGUGUGCCAACUCCUACGUCUGGUACUUUUAAAUAUGAACCAGACCACUGCCAGACCAUGUUUCCUUCACCUUAACUAAGUGCUGCUAUUGUCUAAUAACUGUAAAAUAUAAUGAAAUACUGCUGAGUCACAUUUACAGGGUGGCAGAUAAUAUCAGUGCCUCAAAACAGCCUUCAUGUAAUUUUCCUCUGACCUCUAAAUGUUAGGUUAGGAUAAACUGGUAGAGAUGACCUGGCUUAACUUCAGCUUUACUGGCAUUUCCUGGAUACUCUGGUGAGCAAAUUAUCAUAACUAGAUCCAAUUUUCAACACCAUGAAGGGAACUGUAAUGAAAACAAUAACUUCUAUAAUGUUUCUACACAAAUUGGAGCUGUCUUUGAGAUCACGGAUUGAUUUCAUCUCCAGUCGGUACUGCAGUGAAACUAGAGUCCAAGGUGUUGAGUGCUCCAUACAGUGAUAACCAUUCAUAAACUGUAUGCAAAGUUGAAAAACUGUAAAUGGCAGAAGCUUUGUCAGACUGGCCUACAUGACUAAUGUCUACUAUCGUCAUCAUUUGUGAUCCUGCUGAUCUGAACCGACCUGAGGUCAGAGCUAAUCCACUGUGUACCUCAAAAGUACCGUCAUCUCCCCUUGUGAGCAAGUAGCUUUACUUCUGUGGGAACAGACACUAAGAAUAACCUCCAAUCAAACCUAGUUAACCCUUCACCCAAAACCCUGCAGUGUGUACAGUUAGCCAAAAUAACCACUAACCCUAAUCCAUGAACUGUCUGGAUGCUUCUUAACAGAUAUCUUGUCAAUGAACGAGCGAAGCAGAGAGCGGUCAGCUACACUGUAGAUCACUUCUAAUCUACAAACUCUACAUCAGUGACUGUUUGUGAGCCUUAAUUGGUCACAUUGUUUAUGAGGCCUUAUAAUGCUUCUUACCAUAUUAUAACUUAGCAUUUCAUUAAAUGUUAAACACUAUGGUGUUAUCUGAAGCUUUGUAUGGCCAUGCUUCAGCUCAGUAGAACAGCAGUCCCAGUCGUUGAGGCAAAAUGUCAUUAGGGAUGCAUAAAAGCACUUUAUUUUUAUUUUCAUACAAUGCAACUUGAAGUUCAUGUUUAAUUUAACUCAGAAUUAAAAUUUCCAUGUACAAGUGUCCUUUGUCAAACUUUUGUCACUUAUUCCUAACAUCUUGUUUUGACUGUGGCAGUGUUGUGUAAUAAACGCCGGUCUAACAUCCCUCGUAUUUUUUUUCUCUAGCUCUGAUGAAAGACUGUGUCCUCUUUAUUUUUAUGCUCCUGCAAUUUAUGAGUGGAAAUUCAUAUGAGAAUUUGUAUAACGUCAUCUAAGUUAUGAUAAUGAUCUGUCUGCCUCUUUUUGUGAAUGCACCAACCCAAGGCCACAGCAUUAGUCAGCCAAGUUUAUUGUGACAUUUCAAAUAUCCGCUCUGCCUUGUGACUGUGUGCGCAUGUUUUUGUGUGUGUGUGUGUGUGUGUGUGUCUGUGUCUCUGUGUGUGUGGUAGCUAUUUUUAUAAAAAGUUCAAAAGCAACUUAGUGCAGCCAAAUUUUUUUUUUCACCAGCAUAUGACCCGAGAGCCAAGAAAAGACUCUACAGAGCAUUUGAAGUCAUUUAGAGAAAAUGGAGCUAAACUGCUACAAAGUGCCAGGGACACUUUAUGAGACUUGAGUUUAUAGCAACAUAAAAAAUAAAAAUAUUAAAUGAAACGAAGCAGUGUAAGGUGAAAUAUAUCUGGUCUAUAGUCUGUAUUAGAGGACAAGAUUAAAAAAUGCUGGUUAAGAGUA